AUGAGAUUCAGCGUCCUGUCUCUCGGCCUUUUGGCCCUGCUGUCGCCGCUGACUGCGGCCUGGAGCAAGGAAGAUCGCGAGAUCUUCCGCAUUCGCGAUGAAAUCAAGGCACACGAGCCGAACACCGACAUGACCUUCUACGACCUCUUGGGCGUUAAGAACGGUGCCUCCGUUGACGAGAUCACUAAGGCUUACCGCAAGAUCUCCCGCACUCUCCACCCUGACAAGGUCCGUCAGCAGCUCAUCGCCGAGCGCGCCAAGGCCAAGAAGAAGGAGAAGAAGGACAAGAAGCCCGGCGUCAAUGUCUCCAAGCCCCCGACCCAGAAGGAGAUCAAGGCCGCCGUCAAAAUUGCCUCGGAGCGCCAGGCUCGCCUUGGUCUCGUACGUAACAUCCUCAGCGGCCCUGAUCGCGAUCGCUACGAUCAUUUCCUCCGCAACGGUUUCCCUGCCUGGAAGGGCACCAACUACUACUACAACCGGUACCGUCCUGGUCUGGGCACCGUCCUGUUUGGUGUGUUCCUCGUUGCUGGAGGUGCCUUCCACUACCUGGCGCUGUACAUGUCCUGGAAGCGACAGAGGGACUUUGUCGAGCGCUACAUUAAGUUUGCGCGCAAUGCUGCAUGGGGUGACAACUUGAACAUCCCCGGUAUUGAUGACGCCCCGGCCCCUGCUCCCGCUCCGGCUGCCGAUGACGACGAGGACGCUCCCCCGGUGCCGAGAAACCGCAAGGAACGCCGCAUGCAGGAGCAGGCCCUCCGCAGGGAAGCCGCUAAGGAGCGUGGAGGCCGCGGCCGGAAGGCAGCUAGCAGCGGCACCGCUACUCCCCGCGAGACCCCGGUUGUCCAGUCUGGACCUACCGGCUCCAAGAAGCGCGUUGUUGCCGAGAAUGGCAAAAUCCUUGUGGUUGACUCCGUCGGCGAUGUAUACCUCGAGGAACAGAACGAGGAGGGUGUUGUGGAACAGUUCCUACUUGAUCCCAAUGAGCUGCCGCAGCCCACCAUCCAAGAUACCGCGCUCGUCCGCCUCCCCAUCUGGGCCUACAACCGCACCAUCGGCCGCGUCCUUAACAAGAAUACCGAGGAGGUGGACUUUGAGACCGAGGAACUGGACUCCGAUGACGGCGCGCCCGCCCAACACACGCCCAGCUCCGACUCGGCGGCUGAAGACUUCGAACUUUUGGAAAAGUCAACUGAUUCUCUGGGCAAGGCUAAGGCCAGUGGUGCUCAGAGCGGCAAGGCCAACAAGCGCAAGAACAAGAAGCGGUGA